AUGGACGCAUUCAGCGAAAAGAGACAAAAAAUCAGCUUGAGUGCUAAACCGACUGGAUUCGACACAUUGCGCUCACGGUGGGAGUUGUCUUCAAAAACUGGCACGCCUCUACACCCUGACGCUACAGAGGAUGAGCUGCUGGAAGUGGCUAAACAAAUCUCGAACACAAAAGUCUCGGAAAGAAGAAGCAUUGUGAGCAAGUUUACGUCUAUGCCACAUAUUGCAAUGGACACAUCUUCCUACAAGAAUUAUGCCUCGAUCUACAAGCCCAAUAACGAAAGGUCAUACUCGGCAUAUUACCAUUCAAGGUCCUACUAUGGCUAUAGUUAUGAAGAAGCUCUUGAAAAUGAAAAUGGCUAUGGAGAUGUGUUUGAAGAAGAACAGUUUACUCCCGAAUCUCCGCAGACAACUUCAGAUUCUAUUCAUUCAAACAUCGAGACGUUAUCAAUUUCAGAAAAUGACCCUGCAUUGGCUCAUUCACUAUCGUUUUAUCGAAAACAACGUCAGGGAAAGGAAAAGAAGAAGGCUGAAGUCAUUGUUAUAAAAUCACCGCCCACACCGCCAAAAAAAAAU